AUGGUUCCCUUUGCGUCUUACGCCUGGGCCUCCGAAUUGGUGCCACAGAAGUUUCAGGCGGGAAACCGCGCAGGCUGCGGUGUUUAUCGCCGAGGACAUCCCAUAGCACGUCUGCACGGUCGGUCACCGCAACAUUGGAGCACACGUCCCAGCCUUUUACGCGGCAGGCCGUUGAGUGGGUCUUCAGCCGCAGUCAGCCAAAUGCUGAUUGAGGAUCAGCCUGCUCAAACCGCUUGGAGAGCGCAGCUCUCUAAAGGUCUGCUAUCGCAGCUGCACCCAGGCACCUGGAAAGAUUCGAAGGCAGCGGAUGGCAUGGCCACUUUGCAUGGCCAUUUUCCGAAUACCACGCAGCUGGUGAACUCACUCCACUUUCAUGAUCAAACGCGUGUUUUUCUCGCUCCUGUACCCAGCUUGGUGACCUUUUCGUGCUUUCAACAUUACAAUCGAAGGAAAACAGGCAUUUUGAAAGAUAUGGAACCAAGCAACGGUUUUUAA